ACUGUCUCUUGCAAGGCUGCACACGUUCCUCGGCCUCGGUCGACGUCCCCAAGACCGGGAAUUUCAACAGUGGAUCAAGCGCCGAGCGAGUUUGAUCAAUAAAAAUGGCUCGCAAGCCCGUGAUGAUCAAUCGCGGUCAGAACCACGUCACUGUUUCUUGGGAAAACGUCGACGAGUUGCAGGGGGAGUGCGUCUUGGAGGUGGUAGACGAGCUGAAGAAGUGGGCUGUGGUGUAUCGAGGGGAGAAGAAGGAGGUCAGAGUUAAAGGGUUGGCGCCGUGCACUUGCUACGAUUUUAGGGUUAAGAGGGUGGACGGGGAGUGGGUGAGUUUCAAGGGGGCUACAAACGAAGGACCUUUUUUGGUUAUGCACUUGUCGAGGGCGGUGAAGGUGGGGAAGAUGGCCUUAGUGAGGAAAAUUGCGCAUGCGAGGCCUCUGCUGCUUGAAGUGGAGAAUAAGGAGAUGAAGACGCCGUUGAGGCUAGCUGUGGAGAAAAAUGAUGUUCAAAUGGUCGGUUUGUUGAUUACGUUGGGGGCGAAUGUUAAUACGAGUUCGUUGUACAAGAAGAUGAGUCUGCUUAUGAGUGCGGUUUCUUUGGGGCACUUGGCUGUGGCGAAUUUUUUGGUGGAUAAAGGAUGUAAUGUUAAUACUACAGAUAUCAAUGGGCUUAAUAUUUUACACUACGCUGUGGAUUCUGAUAAUAUUGAAAGCGUGAAGUUUGCUUUGAAGCACUGUGGAUGUGUGGAUUCUAAGGAUAGUAAUGGAUGGACACCUUUAUUGCGAGCAGCAAUUUUGAACUGCAGCAACGACAUCAUCAACCUCCUCCUAGAAAACGGGGCUUCCAAAACUGUAAAAGACAAAAACGGAUUUGAUUUUGAAAAACACAAAAAACUCGCCUCGUUAUCGGCAGCGUAAAUU